CACCUCUGUUUUCUUAGGUCUGGUUUCUUUCGUUCAAAUUAUGCAUUGUGAAUGUGCGUUAGUUUAGGCUUUACGUGCUGAAGUCGAUGAGAUGGAUGAAGCGCCCCAGCCUCUCGCGCCAUGCUAAUGAAGCAAGUGAUUAGGAUUUCCGAUUCCGUGCGGCGUUCAAAGUGUCAGGACGUCACUGAAAGCUUUGCUCAUUUUUCAUCCAACUCUUUGGUUCUUCCUAAUAUGUUUAUAAUGUUGUAUUAGCAUCGAAACUUGAUAACAACGCGCUACCAUGAAGGGCGGAGAGCCAGUCGCGUCGUGUGGAGGACCCCCUCGACAGAUGAGAAAUUACCAACAAAGCAACAGAUGUGGAGGGACCCUGGCCACACGGAAUCGAGCAAGACUUCGUUUCUCCUCCAUAUACUUCAACCCCAAUUCCUGGAUAACAUGAUUCAUUCACGGGGAGAGGAGUUGUCUGCAGAAAGGUGUUUCAUAUGUCUACCAGGGAGACUGCCUGGACUGGACAAAGUCAACGUUGAUUUUGGUCACCCUCCAAGAGGCCUUGGCUACGGGACUGUCACGUGACAUCUGGUGUCUGCGAUGUGUCCUCAGAGGCUCUAGUCUUUCCACCGCCGGGCCCCUUUCCCCUGCUUCAACCCGAUGAAAACCUCUCUGGAGAUGCAGGAAACGGCUGCAGCGACCAUCGCUGCCGUCGACUGUCCGGGAUUUGAGGCAUACGGUCCACCACUCCAGGGACUUGACUUCCUUCACGCGCCUCCUCGCCACGUCCAGGCCUCGGCACAGUCGGAGGGAGCCGGCUGCACAUUUCAGUGUUUUGACAACUGCGCCCCUUCCCAACAACACGGUGAACCUGGGGAGCAGUACAUGGGCUGCUUGAACGCUUGCCCGCCAGUUGGACUCCUUCAAAGCUCUGCUGCUGUGUCGACCCUGAGGUUGGAAGGCUCCUUCUCGCUACAAAACGGGGUCGACGAUGAGCUGGAGGAGGAGGAGGAGGAGGAAGGCGAUGAAAUUACUUCCCCCUUCCAUGACAACAAGCGAGCUGUCGGCAAUCACGUUUUCCCCUGGAUGAAGGAGUCCAGGCAAAACUCGAAAGUCAAACGCAGUCCCCCUCCUACUGCGCAUAGGCCUACAGUUAAUGAUGAAAACGGGAGCCACGGACAUGGGAAAAGCCCGGGUGGUGGUGCACCAUCUGCGUCCAAAAGGGCUCGCACCGCCUACACCAGUGCCCAACUCGUCGAGCUGGAAAAGGAGUUCCACUUCAACCGUUACCUGUGCCGCCCCCGGCGCGUGGAGAUGGCCAACCUGCUCAACCUUACCGAGAGGCAGAUCAAGAUAUGGUUCCAGAAUCGACGGAUGAAAUACAAAAAGGACGAUAAGUUCAAAGGUGUCUCCGUGUCCUCCUCCUCAGAGUCUUCGCCCAGUGGAAGCCCAACUUUGUGCCUGCCAGCAGGCCCGAUGCGUCAAAACGACAAUAAAAUGUUGACCUCCUUCAACACGUCUCAGUAUGGCGUUUAUGGUUUACACACCACCUAUCCUAAUGCUCUACAUUCCACUUUUUCCCCUCCACAAAAAUACUUCAAUUCGACUCAGUAUGACCACCAGGAGUCAUCAAAUUACAAUUACAUGACGUCCAGUGUUCAGGAAAACUCCGUGUUUUCGGGCGAGAGCUACGGUGGUCCAGCACCUGUGUACAGACUCAAUCACCUGUCUCAGGUGGGGUGUUCUGACCUCGAUGGCUCCAUGCAAGUGCCAGAGAGUCCACAAUACGAUCUGUGUGAUUCAGACAUGACCUAUGUACAGCACACAACACAGUACUCCCCACACCGCCAUUCUCAGGACGCACAUCUUCAGGCAGAUAGAUUGACACAUUUGUAGCUGGAAUUGUCGAUUUCGACACUUAUCUUCAGGGCCAUAAAAAGCAUGCACAAAUUUAAUAUUCCACCGCCAAUAAGCUACAUUGUGUUUAUUUUUUUGCUAAUUUAUUUUAACACUUGUGUUAGAAGUAUUGUUGGAACUUAAUUGUAUUUUAACUAUUUAUUGUUGUUUUACUUGAAUCUCCAUACUAGUAGGCUAGGCUAUUUAUUUCAUUUAGACGAUGGCACGAUGAAGGCUUUCCUAGGCCUACGUUAAUAUUCUACAAAAGUGCAAUGGGUUAAUGAUGAUUUGUGUAGAUAUUGAAUCAAUUUUACUUGCAAUCUAUAAAUGUGUGUCUUUCUGGUAGAAUAUUCAAAUAAAAUGCGUACGUUUAUAUGUCACAAUGUCACUGA